ACCACACCGUCUCUCUGAUGUACGUAGGCGGCCGUCAUAUUGGAUUUGGAACUACUUUUGAAAACAAGAUGGCGGCCCCAACCAUUCAAACACCAUGUAAACAAGAUAAAAUAAAAUGCGUCUUUUGUAGCUCGUCAGUAUUAAGAUUGCAUUGUUUAAAUAAUAAUAAAUGUAGAUCUGCAAAUUCUCACAAUAUAUUAACAAACUUGAUAAAAGUAAAAGAUGCCAGUAUUGACAUUGAGAUCAUAUUAAAUCAUCUGUUUCUGUGCUGUGAUUGUAUUGACUAUAUUACAAAUUUAAAUACAAAAACUGAACUCCUAUAUGAAAAUGUGAGGCAAAUCAUUCAAAAUGUCAAACGAACGAAGCGCGGCCUCCUUUCUCCAAGACAAAAGGUCUCCGACCAGAUACUGUUGUCAGUGGAGAAGCUGAAACAACUAAAAUUGACAGAAUCAUCAUCACUCAGCACUGGUGACAAAAGAAGCAGAAAACGAAUUUCAUUUGGAGAUGAGCAUGGCUAUGCAAAACAUUCUGUUGAAGAACUCAAAAAUUGCAACACUGGCAACAGUAUAUGUUGCUGACAAAGCUGAACACUGUCCAUCUUACACUGACAGAGCACUCAAAGAGAAACCUCAUCAAUCUAUAUGGAGAAGAGGCUGAAGAGAGAAUUCUCAAAGCUGUGUCAGCAGGAAAUGAUGGAAAAUUAAAUGGAGACAACUUGGAUAUUCGAGUUCAAACCAAUGAUGUCAGAUUAUCAUCAAAGGACAAAGAUUACCACUUCUUUGCAUCAGACUUCACAAUAGAUAGGGUGAACUUGACAGGUCUGAGUAAAGUGACUCCAAGUAAAGAAAACAUUAACUUGUCAGUCAAAGACUUUGUUCCAAGCCAAGAGGAGUACACAUACUUUACAGACUCACUUAAACUCCUUAUAGCCAGAGAUCUUCUGAAAUUAAAUGGUUUCAAAUGGAUGAAAGGUGUUGUUCCGCUUCAUAUUCCUCACGAUUUUGAAGAAGACAUGGCUAAAAAAUCCAAGAUAUUUGUUCUUCCUGUCAGUCUAAACAACGAAUCAUCUUAUCAAGACUGUAUUCACAUAAUGGAUGAAUAUGAACAGUACAUCAACAGAUGGUACUCGAAAACUGGAAGAGGAGCAGAGCUGUCUGCAUUAAGGGUGCCUGUCGGUGGAGAUCAGUUGACACGCGUAAGACUUGAGGGAGCAAAGUCAUUGAGAGCUGGAGCCCACACUACUUCAGAACGAUUUGAUCAUCUUGAUCCAGUCAUUAUUGAGAUGUUCCACACACUACAAGAUUAUCUUGAAAAGCUGUGUAAGAAAUUUUUGGACUUUGGCAAGGCAAGAGACCCAGGCACACUAGCCAACCUGAAGAUAGCAAUUCAAAGGGUUAAUGUGAAUGGGAAUGUAAAAAGCCGUUUUAAGGCUCAUGAGGACUUCAUUAUCACAUGUGGUACCAGUUACCUGUAUUCAUACAUCUUAUCAAAGUUCAACAUGGAGACCCUGGAGGACUUCCCCAAACACCCUGCUAUCAAAGAGUCCAUCAAUAUGUGGACGGUCGAACCAAAACGCAAGGUCUUCAACAAGAUAAUGGACGAGGUUUUGUCUGACCUUUUCAUUCCGUUUGAGGUUGAGGAACCGGAUGAAAGAGUCACCAUCACAGUCCAGAACCAGAAGUUUGAAGUUGCUGUUGAACAUAGUGCAAUGUUAAAAAUACCCUUAAUCAUAAACAAUGCCAGGUACACAGUAGCUGUGUCAACAACUGACAUCAGGAAAGGUGUAACAGUGCAAGUUGGUGGUGUUGCCCUCAAUCUGAAGUCGUCACAUGAAGACGGAGACAACACAUUGAAAACAUAUGCAGUAAAUUUUCUUCAGUGGUAUUUUUCUGUCAUACAAAUGAAAGAUGCUAUAAGAGAAGGGGAUAUGAGACGUGUAAACAUUACACUUAAACAUAUGGUACCAUUCUUCUACAGUCAUUCUGUUUUGUCCAAGUACAUGGUUGAAUGCAUUGACUAUAUUUUGAAAACGGAGCACACUCUAUCACCAUACAUGUCCCUGAAAGUUCGUGCAGCAACUUUUGUGAAUCCAAAAGGAAGAAAAGGAAAAAACAAAGCUGCAGAUAUGCAGAAAGAAAAUGAAGUAAAAUACCUGAAAAACCUCAUCCGUUCUUUAGGUGCAAACAAAACAGAAAAAUCUAUUGUAGGUAUCACUAAAGCCGGCCCAGUCAUGCUAGAAAUUGCAGAAAAUUUUGAUGAAAUGACUGGAUCAAAAACAGUGAAAACAACUCACAAAUUGAAAAGCAAAGAGAUUGACAUUGAAGUUCUGACCAAUAAACUCGUGGGUUUACGAUUAUGGGAUCAGGAUAAACCAAGUAUGUUGCCCGACUCGCUUUCAAAGUCUCCCUUUGCAUUUGAUCGCAAAGUGUUCAAAACAACUGUCAUGUCUAAAAUACAGAGACUGUUAAUGGAUGUUCCAACUGUUGAGAAUGAUAAUGAUGAGUAGAUGUGUGAUUAUAAUUGUCUCUUUUAAAGGGUGCGCAGGACAUUUGUUAUUCCCAUUCCACUGAUUGUAAACAUUAAAGAGAUUCAUCUUCAGGCAUUCAUCAGUUAGCAAACAUUGAAGAGAUUCAUCUUCAGUCAUGAAUCACUUGAUUUUGAAAAUCCAUUCACUUUUCAAAUUAUUUAACACAAUCAUGUUUAUUUUGCAAUAUUUGAUACUUUUGUAUUGUACAGUACAUAAAAAUUAGCUUCCUGUGUUAAAGAUUUAAUUUUUGAGGGAAAAAAAUACAUGGUCAGAUGAAUUAAAUAUUUUGAAUCUUGGCAAUUUAACGUUUAAGUGUGUUUGACUGGAAUUUGGCUUAUUCAACUUUUGAAGCAGAACAACUUCAAAAUAAUAUGUAAGACUGUUGUGUACUUCAAGAAAAUAUUUGUUGAAAUAACAUUUUUUCAAUAUUUUCUAACAUUGUGUUAAGUAUGAUUACUUUUACAGACAAUUAUGAAUGAAUAUCAUCCCAAGACAACACUUUUAGAACAUUAUUAUGCCCCCCGGAUUGAAUGAUCGGGGGCAUAUUGUUUUUGGCCAGUCUGUCACUUUUGAAAUAUUGAACAUAGCAACUUGAUAUUUGGCAUGCAUGUGUAUCUCAUGAAGCUGCACAUUUUGAGUGGUGAAAGGUGAAGGUCAUCCUUCAAGGUCAAAGGUAAAUUUAAAAAAAGCGGCCCAUAAGGGGGCAUUGUGUUUCUGACAAGCACAUCUCUGUUUAAGGAUACGUUCACAUAUAGCGCGUUUUCUUCUUCAUUAUACUCCCACAGUCAAAGUUUAGGGGGGUAUAUAGGAGUGAAAUUUUGUCAGUAUGUCAGUCCAUAUAUCAACCUUUGGGUCAAUCACGCUAUAAUCUUUGUAUAUACUGCUUAUUACUGUUGCUGUUAGAACGUAAAAUAAAUGGUGAUGUGCUUAAAAUCACCAAACAUGUAAAUAAGUUUUUCUUAUUUUGUGAAGACAACGUGCAAAAUAUUCUGUGUCAAUGCGGCAUGUGGUGGUAUUUGUCAUGUCUGUGACAAAGCUCUAGUUCCAUUUUGUUUUCUGUUAGGAUCAUUUUCUACAUAGACAGAAGCUAGUACACAUGUCAAUUGAAAAGAAAACGAAUUGUAAUUAGUAAAUUAAGAAAUAGUAAACCCCACUGAGGGUCAUAUGGCUUCAGUCCAUAUACAGUUUGUGACUGCCUGGCUGGUCACUAUAAUGCAAUUGGGACCAAAGUGGAGUUUAAUAUGUCUUAUAUUACACUGAAGAGGUUUCCCUGCACCACUGUACAGUGUUGUAUGAUUGUUUAUGGAAUAGAACCUAAAUAUACAAAUUAAAUCCCGAAGUUUGUAGCCCUGCAGUACAUCUGCAAUGUUGUAAUUAAUAUAAUUUUAGAAUAGAAAUACUGGUUCUUUUAGAUUUGAAUAAUGUUGUUUUCACUUCAAGAAACAACUUAUUGGCUUUCUAAACAUUUAUUUACAUUUGAAUAUUUUGUAAGUUAUGACAACUAAUGUUUAACAAUAACAGAAAUAAAUAUUUUAUUAUUUUACUCCUCAGAGAUAUUAGUCCUUCUAUAUCUAUAUUUUUGGUUAAUUUAAUGCAAAUUGAGUGGUCCAUAUACUCUCAAGUUUCAUUAUGGCAUUUUACAGACUGAAACCGGUUAUAUACAUGUAGAUAUAGAAGGACCAUUAUCUCUGAGGUGUAAUAUUGUUAUAUAUACAUAACAAUUUGUAAUUAUAUACAUUAUAAUGAUGGAUUUUAACAGUUUUUAUAUCUCAUUGGAACAAAUAUACUUAUUUAGUUAAAAUGUUACUAAUAUAAAUAAUGUAUUUUAGGUCUUGACAACUCAUGCAAAUUAUGAAAGAUAACACUUUUACAGUUACACAAGUGAAUACAUGAAUAUAUACCUAUGUCCGUAUUUUUUUGGUUUCAAUGGUUUAUAUUUUAUGCUCAAUAAAACAAUUUGAAUAUCCUUG